CGUAGUUUGGCAGAGGCGCGUCGUCUGGAAAGAUCUGGCGAAUCCUGCAAAGCCCCGGGGGCUGUGACCUCUCCGCCCGUGGUCGGCCGUGUGUCUGGAGCAACCUUUACCACCCCGGGAAGACCAAGAAGCUCAUCCUCGAAGGCGGCGAACCGAAUUCCGUCCGCCGCGCCGCCUCGGCCUCCUCGCCCGGGCUCCGAACCUCUAGCCCGGCAACUCCACGCCUUGAGGGGCCGCUUCGUCUCGAGCGUGCAAGACUCGCAUUUUAGAGCAGGAGGAGCAAGCCCCGGACCCCGGGCGGGGGUCCCCCGUGAAGAGACGCUUCCUGUGGCAGAGGAAAGAGGUAGUGAGCCGAGUCUCAGGAUGUGAGCGGGGUGCUCGCUGCCGCCCGCCCUCCCGCCCGGCCGCCCGCUGCCAUCUCCAGCCCUCAUGGUGGGCAGCCCCCGCGGCGGGGCCCCCUGAACCCCGCCGGCAUGCCAGGGAAGCCCAAGCACCUGGGCGUCCCGAACGGGCGCAUGGUCGUGGCUGUCUCCGAUGGAGAACUGAGCAACACGAAGGGGCCGCAGGGCCAGGGGGAGAGCCGGGGCAGCUCCCUCAGCAUCCACAGCCUCCCCAGUGCCCCCGCCAGCCCCUUCCCCAGCGACGAGCAGCCCGUGGCCAGCUGGGCCUUGUCCUUCGAGCGGCUUCUGCAAGACCCACUGGGUCUGGCUUUUUUCACUGAGUUCCUGAAGAAGGAGUUCAGCGCCGAGAACGUGACUUUCUGGAAGGCCUGCGAGCGCUUCCAGCAGAUCCCGGCCAGCGACACGCAGCAGCUAGCUCGCGAGGCUCGCAAUAUCUACCAGGAGUUCCUGUCGAGCCAGGCGCUGAGCCCGGUGAACAUUGAUCGCCAGGCCUGGCUGGGCGAGGAGGUGCUGGCUGAGCCCCGGCCUGAUAUGUUCCGGGCACAGCAGCUCCAGAUCUACAACCUGAUGAAGUUUGACAGCUACGCGCGCUUUGUCAAGUCUCCGCUAUACCGCGAGUGCCUCCUGGCGGAGGCCGAAGGCCGCCCCCUGCGGGAACCCGGGUCCUCGCGCCUGGCCAGCCCUGAAGCCACAAGGAAGAAGCCGAAACUGAAGCCCGGAAAGUCGCUGCCGCUGGGCGUGGAGGAGUUGGGGCAGCUGCCGGCUACUGAGGGUCCUGGGAGCCGUUCCCUGCGCAAGUCCUUCCGCAGAGAAUUGGCAGGGGGUGCGGCCAGCCAGCGCCGAGAAUCCCAGGGCUCCCUCAACUCCUCCGCCAGUCUGGACCUGGGCUUCCUUGCAUUCGUCAGCAGCAAAUCUGAGAGCCACCGGAAGAGCCUGGGGAGUUCGGAAGGGGAGGGCGAAGGCCGGUCACCAUCGGGGAAGUAUUGCUGCGUGUACCUACCGGAUGGCACAGCCUCCCUGGCCCUGGCCCGCCCGGGCCUCACCAUCCGCGCCAUGCUGGCGGGCAUCUGUGAGAAGCGAGGUCUCUCCCUACCUGAGAUCAAGGUCUACCUGGUGGGCAACGAACAGAAGGCCUUAGUCCUGGAUCAAGACUGCACGGUACUGGCUGACCAGGAAGUGCGGCUGGAGAACCGGAUCACCUUCGAGCUGGAGUCUCCGGCGCUGGACCGUGUCGUGCGCAUCUCGGCCAAGCCCACCAAGCUGCUGCAGGAGGCGCUGCAGCCGGUCCUGGCCAAGCACGGCCUGAGCCUGCAGCAAGUGGAGCUGCGCAGGCCAGGUGAAAAGGAAGCACUAGACCUGGGGAAGUUAGUCAGCUCCGUGGCGGCCCAGCGACUGCUUUUGGACACGCUCCCAGGUGUGAAAAUCCCUGAAGCCGGAGAUGCAUCCCAGGGCCACCACCGCCAGGGUGGCCCACCUCGAAGCCAAACCAAGGCCGCCCACCCUCCUCCACCCAACUCGCUGGCCGAGGUGCCCGGUGGCGCUGCGGGGAAGCGGCAGACCUGUGAUAUUGAAGGCCUGGUGGAGCUGCUGAACCGGGUACAGAGCAGCGGGGCCCACGACCAGAGGGGCCUGCUGCGGAAGGAGGACCUGGUCCUCCCCGACUUCCUCCAGCUGCCCGGCUCCCCGGAGCCCCCACAGACUGAAUCAGCAGCAGCCUUAGACGCCACCCGCUCGGCUCUCUGAGGGGCUCCUGGGCUGGCUGCCUGGCACCUGGUGGGCCCGCAUGCCCCGGCCCGCCUUGCAUGCCCCGUCCGCGCAUCCCUGGCCCCUGGCCUGCCCCGGCAAAGCUGGGCGCGGACAGAGAGGGGGACCAGAGGAGCCGCACCCCACUCUGCCCCGCGCUGCUGGCCAGGCCCUGGCGGGGAGGCCCAGCCCCCUCCCCGGAGCAGGUGUCUGACGGAGAGGGGUGGCGUUGGCAGUGCCAGCCCCCUCCUCCCGCCAGGCCUCCGCAGGGAGCAGGCGGGGGGCCGACCCCUCCCCCUGGAAGCAAGUGUGAGCGGGGAGGGGCAGUGUGAGUGGGGGGGCCCCCUUCCCUGGCCCUGUACACUGGGGGUCUGCAGUCGGCCGCUGACAUGGGUGAUUCUAAUAAUUAUUCUUCUUCUGC